AGUAAAGAUCGUGCCAAAUAAAAAGAAGAGAACUGAAUUGAAAUGUGGUACUUUCAUUUUGCGCUUAUGCUGAGCUUAUUGCCACUUGCUCUUUUUCAAAGUGAAGAUUCACAUUUGUGUGUUAGAGAUGAAGAUGUUCAGUAUAGUGUUGUGGAAAACACACCUUUGGAAGAAUAUAGCCCAAGAUUUGCAGCUGAAUUUAAGAAGCUUAACAUAGCGGGUGCAAGACGAACUGUGACCAAAACUAAGAAAGAGGCGCGGAAAGUCUGUUGUCCUGGUUAUUUUAAGGACGAUGAGAGCGCCGCUUGUCUACCACUGCCGACAACAACCUCAACGGAAACUAGCAGCACCGAAGAGAGCACAACAGAGAUAUCCACGGAGCGAACCACACAAUAUACUUUAAAAACUCAGAGAAACUCAACUGACUGGAAUAAUAUUUUUAUCUGUGGCUCAGCUUUGCUUCUCUGCUUGCUCAUUAUUGUUAUAGCAACUAUAUAUGUUACACGCUACGUGAGGUAUAAGAAAAGCGUAUAUGUACAGUAUACGACGAAUGCGAAUGCAAAUGGACAUGAGCUCGAAGCGCAAGAGGUAUUGGUAUGUGAGGAUGGUUAUAAUAUAUGAUAGUUUAUCAGCUUGUAAAACUCAUGAAUCAUAUUCUAUGUAAAUAUAAUAUAAUAUUAUUCAUACUUAUGUUGAUACUGAGCAGGCUGUAAUAAAGCUGCAAACAAUUAUAUUUAUUACGCUCUAUAUGCAAUAAAUGCAUUUCUUUAUUAAUUAGGCAACUAAGAGUUGUGAAUACAAAUUUUUGGCUAAAAGAAUUAAUCAAUGUAAAGCAAUUAAUUAUAGAAUAUACCCUACUUUUAAUUUUUUCACUCGUCA